AUGUCAGAAAGCACGACCCAACUCGACGUUGACGGUGCCGACGCCGAAGUGUCCAACGAGAACCCCGAUAAGCCGCCAAAACGGAUGAAGAAGCUAGCGCCGCGGGCGUUUCUCUGCGUCCCGAUUAACUACGGCAAGCGCGUGGCGUAUGUGAUGCUGGCGGCUGAGUUAAGCGUCGAAAUGCAGCGUGAAUUCACCGCAAAGCAGGUGCAAGAUAAGAUUGAAAACGGGACGGUCCGUGUCCAAGCCAAGUUUGGCUAG